UCCUUAGCACACUAAUCUUAUUUACAUAAAAGUGAAUAUGGAUAAUAACUUACCAACUACAAAUUUCCAGGUUCAAAAACUCUAUGAUGACUCUAGUAAACGGGCCGAAAAAUUCAAAGACACGCAUAUAAUGAAUUUCCCCUCAAACGAAUUCAAGACGCUGAUUGAUGUGGAUAAAGCUACACAGUCAAACAUUAUUGAGUCACUUUCGUUUGCGUAUAGUGUGAUGCCUAAGGAUAGCAACGAGUGUCUUAUCAAUAUGAAGUGCGCUAUAAAUACGACGGAAAUAACGCGACUUCUUUUGAAAAAUGCCGUCGAUAACUGUAUUGCGGAUAUCACAAUCAGUGAGGAAUUGGUAAACACUAUUGCCAAAAGUCUGGCCGCUGCCAUAUACGGUCCAAUGCUGGAAAAUGGUGUGAACACUGAUCGUACCAUUUAUAGCCUAGUCCCGGCCAUUGUGAUGAAAUCUGACACAGGCGAGCUGAAGGCCUUCGCCGUAGGUCAAUUGGUAGCAGAUGACAUCAACAACUCGAACAUGAUCAUCAUCGUGCGCGGCUGUGCCGUGGAUAAUCAGUCACGUCAAAUCAUUACUGAUUCCAUAACACAAUCAAUGCUGCCAGUCAAUGAAAUAUCAAUUUAGAUACAUUCUGAUUAUGCCAAUUAUUUGCUCUGGAUCAGCGCAUGUUUAUACACAACUGCAAAAACCAGGUUUUCUUCAAUAUCAUCUUCACAGCAGCCAAUCACCAUAUAUCACUUAUUUUCUGAAUAAUAAAU